AUGCGUCUACCUCCCUCUUCAACACUUGGUCAAAAGCUUCAUUCUCCGUGGGCACUCCAAGUCUUUUGUAGUGUCCUGCUCGAACUUCCUUUUUCCCUCCCCACUGCUGACUAAUCCACCGUUCACACCUCGCAAAGUUGCGACCCCUGUAUCCCCACCUUGCGCGGUCUUUUUUACCAUUCCACUAAUCCCUUCCCACAUCUGCUUGACGUUCCCCUCCAGGCCUCCGUUGGCCUUCUGCACUACUUCGUCCCAAAUACACUUUUUCUUCUUUCUCACUAGUCCCUUCACCUGUUUUCUCUUGGCCCUGUACUUUUCCCAACUCUCCUCAGACGCCUCACUCAGGUACUGCUUGAAGACUCCUCUACGUUCCCCUAUCUCUUCGUUCAGCUCGUCAUCCCAUCAUUUAUCCGAUACCCCACAUCGUACCAGCUUCGUUCCCAUUACUCUCUCUGCCGUUGCGUUCACGGUGGACUCCCACCCUUCAAUCACCCUGUCCCCUGCUGCUUGUACGUCUACCUGUCCGUCUUCGACGCUUCUCAGCAGUUUUCUGAAGGGCCGCUGGCCGCUUGCCCUGCCUGAUCGUUCACACCAAUAUGAUGUGUGAGGGUUUGUUUCAGAUUACGCUUCAAAACCCCCAGCCGCUUUACCCCAUACUCCUUGUCGGCAUCGGAAUGUUUGUGGCGGCCAAGCUGUUGGGAGACGUGACGGUGCCGUCCUUCUACCCCGCCCUCUUCGCCUCUGUCGCCGGGUUGCUGGAAGCCUUCGGCGUGAUGGUCUUCGAGCGGAUACGUGAUAGAGCCGAGGACGUGGGAGAAGAGGCCUCGCCGACACAACCGGGCAACAAAGUGGACCCUCCGGCCGACCCGUCGCCCGGGGGGGGGGCGGGGGCGGGGGGUGCGCGGCACGCGUUGCCGAGAGGAUGGACUUGCGAUGACGUCAGCGCAGAGGCCAGGGAGACCUGCCGGAACUGGUUCUACAAGACGGCGUGCAUCCGCGAGCUCCUGCCGAGAAUUUUGAUCGAGGCGGCGCUCCUCCCCUGCUACCGCUUCCUGGCGAACGAAGAUGAAUUCGGCCAGAUCCUAGGUCGGCUGUCGACGCUGGUGCGAGGCGUGGGAAACCCUAUGGUGGCGGUCUACUGCCGCUGCUUCGUCGCCGCCGCCGGCGCUGCGGUGGCCCCGCGAGAGAGCGCCCAUGCGGUGGCGUCGCUGCAGGACUACCUGUUCAGCCUCCAGGAGGUGCAGCAAGGAAAGCUGGAGGGAUACCUGCGGGCGAACCAGUUCGGCUUGUCUGAGUACCUGCACCUUCACGCGCCGGCGAUUGACUGGCUCCUGGGGGUCGUCGGCCCGGGGGCCCCGAGGGGAGUGUUCACGUCGAUACUCGCAAACUACCGCAACCACUGCGGGAUCCUGGAGGUGCUGCGGCUCAUCCUCAACCACUUCAGCCCGGAACACUACGCUCCCUUCGCGCUGGAGAUGGCGCUGCUCAUCAAGCAGGGGCAAGAGUUGUCCACUCGCUGCACGGUGCCAGAGGUGAUGGGGUUGCUCGGCCUUAAGCUCAGCGGCGCAGGAAGCGCGCAUCCUUCGGGUCCCGAGGCUGUCCCGCUUCUCAACGAAGCCUGGCAGGAGAUCGCCCCGGCCCCGCUAGAGGUGUACGUGGAGGGGGCGGCGGCGUGGCUGGGGGUGCUGCUCCAGAGCCCGGCCUAUGGCCCAGACGAGGUGGCCAUCCUGAUGGAGGAUGUGGCGUGCAGGAUGGAAGACGCGAGCGCUUCCGAAUUGGCGUCGGUGCAGGGGCGGCUGGCGGACGGGGUUGUGAGCGCCCUUGCGUGUGCCAAAGACCCUUCGGCGCUUCGGGCUGCUGGGGGGCACGUCGUCAAGGAGGGUCUAGAAGUGUACGGAAUGUUGAAGGAAGGAAUAGGGUUCAAGGACUACCUACAUGGACCAAUGGAUGCAGGAACAAAGCUUAAGGUCAAAUUCAGGACCGGGGACAUAGGCCUUCGAGAACGUCGACGAAGACAUAGGACGGUAGACGAGGAAGACGACGAGUUCAAAUGUGAUUGCGGCUUCGAAUGCGAAGACCGUGUUCAUGUAGUCGCGGAAUGUCCGUUGUAUCAGAAGGAGAGGGAAGUGGGACAGAGAGACAGCGUCCUGGCCGUGCUGGACAAGAGCCGGAGGGCGCAGGCCUGCCUCGACCUGCUCGCAGCGUUUCUUCGCGCGCUGCCCCGACAUACGCCCCCUCCAACCGGCCGCGUCAGCGCUCGCUCGGCAACAACCCCGCAACCACCGCCGCCGCCCCCGCCCCCGCCGGUAACGGCGUCUCCGGAGUCCUCUGCCCCCGGGGAGCGGGAGGAUAGGCGUUUGAAAUCGGGAGGUGGUGAUGAGCAGGAGCAGAAGGGGGCGACUGUAAACGGAGAGGUGGAGCUGGCGCGGGCGCUGGUGCGCGUGGCCAAGCUGCUGCACGAUAGCUUCGACUUGCUCUCGUCCGGCGAGCGGCAGAGGCAGGCGAGCGGUGCCGGGGGGUGGUCGGGGUGUCUCGUGCAACGCACGUGGUUCCUUGUGUUCGUGUGCCCUCGACAGAGCGCCGUUGCCCUGACGUGCGACAUGGUGGAUCGGGUGGGAAGGGGUUGGGCGCAGCCACCCCAACCAGGCGGUACGGGCGAGGCCAGCCGGUUGGAGGUUUUGGCGGAGUGCCGCCAGGCGUUCUGGGGGAUGGACGAGGUAACCGACAGACUCGUGUUGGCGGCAGCGGGCCUGUCCCUCCGGGCCUGGAGGGCGGGGUCAACCGCCACGGCGCGCGCGGCGCUGUGCUUCUGCUCGCUGACGGUGCCCUCCGUGCCCUCGGCCCUCCGGCGGCUGGCUCUGCUCCAGCUUUGCGCGAGCACCGCCCUUCAGAUCGGGAAGCCGGCUCUAGCGGACGCCUUGUUCAGGUCUGCGAUCUGCGUGGUGCCCGAGUGUUCCCCCCUGGUGGUAUCGGGGGCCGACCCCACCGGCUCCUCGCGCGGCAGCGGCAGCCUCCGCGGGAGCGGCGGCCUCCACCGCUCUCCUGGAAACCCCGAUGCGGCGAACAGGAAAUCGCACGGGCUUUCGGGGAGGUCCGGGGGCUCCGCCGCUGCCAGCGGCGGCGAAGGGGGAGGGGGGGGGGAGGGGGCGUGGGGCCCGUUGCCCCCGGGCCCCAGCGGGCGGCUGGUGCUCGGGAUGGGUGGGAGGCGGGANGGGGGGGGGGGGGGGGGGGGGGGGGGGGGGGGGGGGGGGGGGGAGGGGGCGUGGGGCCCGUUGCCCCCGGGCCCCAGCGGGCGGCUGGUGCUCGGGAUGGGUGGGAGGCGGGAGCACUUGGGGGCGUGGCUGCUGUGCGAUGCCGUGAAGAGCCUGCUGGGGGCUCUGGUGGCCGCGCCGGGUCACCCGGAUCUGGGCCCGUUUUAUCUGCUGAGGGGGCUGCUGAAGGCCACCAGAAGGCACUGGUCCCUGCUGCCGUGGCCCGCGGGUUCUGGGCUGUUGGCCUCCGUGUACAUCACCGCGGCGGGUACGCUGUGCGCCAUGUGGCAGGAGCGCCUGCCUUAUUCCGUGGGCGCCGCCGCCGCUGUUGCUACUUCCACUGCUGCUGCUGCUGCUGCUGCUGUCGAGGGGGUGAAGGCUGGCGACGGAGGCGGCACGGGUGCCGAAACAGCGGUCGAGGCUCCCUCCCGUCCCCCGCUCCUCGAAGGCGCGGGCGCGAACGAGGGCGCUGGUGUGGACGACACCGCCUCACGAAGUCCCGGUGAAGACGGCAGCGGCAGCAGCGGCGGUAGCCCUGCAGAGGUCGAGGGAGGGCAAGAUGGUGAGGGCGACGUCGAUGCGGGGGAGGCUUCCGCCGCGGUUCCAGUACACGGGGCAGAGGGCGGCGGCGCCGGCCCCGAAGAGAAGAAGAGCUGGCUCGACGUCGGCGGCGUGCUGGGCAACGACGACUUGUAUCUCCGCAGCUCGGCCUAUUUGGAAGAGGUGCGGGGUCUUCUGGGUGACGUGGUGAUGGCGACAUUGAGGGAGCUACAGGAGCUCUGCGAACAGGGAGAGGCGGAAAUGGCAACCAUCAUCGGUAACGACCACACGCGGACGGCUCGCCUCAGGUACAUUUGUCUCUCGCUCGAGCUAGCUAACCAGCUCGUGUCCAAUGUCAAAAUGGAGGGCGGGGCGGCGUCUGUAGUGACUUACCUUAUCGAAGCGGCUGCGAGGGCGGGGGCCCGCGACAGCGGCGUCGGUGGUGCCGGCGGCGGCAACCGUGCCGGCAGCCGCGGCAGCGGCGGCAUCUUGCGAAAGGGGGCCGUGACCGGUGAUGGCGGCGGCGGCGGCGGCGGCGGCGGCGGAGCCGCGGUGUACUUUGACUCGACGGUUGCGUUCGUCAGCGGGGUGGCCAACCGCAGGCUCUCGCUGCUGGCUGACCUUAAGUGCGACAGCGUGGAGGCGGAGGAGCAGGAAGAGGCGUGCUUGUCUUUGCUGCAAGGAUUGAGCGGGUUUGGCGGCGCACCAUCCGGUUACUUUUGAGAGCGAAGCGGACACACACG